CCCGUUUGUUGCUCGGCUAAAGAUGGCGUUAGUGGCUAACCGAGACGAUUGUUUUUUGUUUGAUUAAAUUAAUGCGGGUGAGAGGAAGAAUGCAGCAGUAAGGGUAGUUAUUCUUGAGACGAAAACUCAAAAUAUUUAGAAUAAAGUUAGGCCUAUUGCAUUCACACCUUAAAUAACUAUAUCGUUUGGUUGGCCUUCUCACAUAUGUAGGCCUGUUUUUUAGGGAGUGGACCAAAGCCACACGAACUCCAAUUCCCAGCAGCAUUGCUGAGGGGUUGUCAGUUUGUAAUUCUUUCCCACUUGACAUGACGGUAUUUGUAGUUUUAUUUUGAUUACCUUUUUAUUGGACUUACUAAAAUCUUAAAUAGAUUACGGUUGAUGUUUAAAUAUGUUUCAUAUUUAAUUUCUUAUGACUUGAUCAUAGGGAACUUUAAAAACAAUUCAAAUUUUGUCAUCAACACCCCCUCUCAUUCUCAAUGAAAUCCCAAGUCUCUGAACUGAAGUGACUUGAGUAAGGGGGUCAAGCCAUUGUGGCAUCACCACAACAAUGGAAGCAACUGAAAAAAGCACCUUGAAAGAAGCAUCUUCAUCUUUGCCUGAAUCGUCACUUACAUGGUGCCUAUCUCAACUCUCAAAACCUGGACCAGCAACUGAGGACCAAACAAAAGUAAUGACUGGGAAAGACACAGGUGGUGGCGGCAGAGAAACGGACACCAAGACCAAAGCCAGGCAGUGGCGAUCGCUGGUGGCCAUCCGCACACAGCACAUCAAAGGAAGUGGCAGUGGGAUCACCCGAUUUAGACUUAAAGGUGGACUCAAGCCCCUUCUAAACCUGAUCAAGGAUCCUAAAUGUUCGAGGAAGACCCUGGACUUGGCGCUCAGUAUCCUGGCCAACUGCUGCACGGAGAGGGAGACUCGGUUUGUGGUACGGAAGCUGGGUGGAAUAUCGGUUGUAGUGGAUAUUUUGAAGAGAAAUGUUGCUGUGGUAACGGUCCAGAACAGGGCGGCCAGAGCUUUGGGGAACCUGGCCAUGGAUCCAGAAAGCUCAACCCUCAUCCAUUCUGAAGGUGGUGUUCCUCUUCUUCUACUCUGUGUGUCCCUGUCAUCUGCCCCUUCCUCUCCCUCAGCUGAUCCAAGCAAAGCCCCUUGCCCCAAAAUGGAGUGCGCCCAAUCUGCCGCCCGCACGCUUCUAUAUCUAUCUGACACGCCCGCUAACCGCCUCCUGCUGCUCACCCAGGGCACCUUGUCUGCUCUUGCCCCGCUCAUUGCCCCAGAAUACCCCCUUGGGCUGAGGCGGGCAGUCCUCCGAGCCCUCCACGAGCUAACAAGGGGAUGUGGGAUGGAAUGUGCCCGGGAGGUUUCACGUUCUGGGGUCCUUGCUCAACUUGGAGUCAUGGCGUCAGGUGAGACUGGGAAACAUUUUGAGGAGUUUGCUUUGAAAACCCUGGCCAACUUGUGCUCUCAAGGAUGCCUACGUCCCCUAGUAGGGUCUCUCGGGGCCAUUCAGAAGUUUACGGAGGAGGUGAAAAAGGAUGCCUUGAAAUCUGGAGUUUUCUUGAAAGCCCUCUGUCUGUGCUGCAAAGAGGCCGUGAACCGUGCCAAGGUGAAAGAAAGUGGUGGUUUGGAGGUGCUGAUUGGCUUCAUGGAUGCCCACCGGAGUCACCCUCUUUCACGAUUGACUAUUUCGGCGCUUGUUGACUUUGUCUAUGAUGAAUCUGCACUUGAACAGUUGCAGGAACUGGGACUGGUUCCUUUGCUUGUGGCCCGACUAGUAGAGCUGGCUAAAGGAGAAGAGUUUUCUGCUGGAAAGAUGGAUGUGAGCCUGACCUCCACUAUGUCUGUAUCAGAGCUUCUCUCUGCAUCUUGUUUUGAUUCAUUUGACUUCCCACCAGAAGGAAACAGGAAAGAGGAAGCGGGGAAGGAUCAGGGUCUUGGUUCAUCCAGCUUUCUAAGUCUGAGGUCUUGGCUGGUGACUGAGGGUCUGAUCUCAUCCGAGGGGGAUCUUCCUGAGUCCGCUGGGUGUGUGGAAGGGGACUGGGGAAGCCUUCAUACCCCUUCCUCAUCUUCCCCAAGCCCUUCCUCUGAUGGUCCUUCCUCUUCUAAGUGCUCCUCGCCUUCCUUGUCUCUUCCAUCUACCUCCCCCAGAGCUGCUACCCUGUUUAAAGUCACUUCCUCUACCUCGGUCAACCCUGCGGCUCCACUCCACCAGCCGUCUCCUUGUAAAGAUGCAGCUCUCUCCGCCCCCAGUCACCAGCCCUCUUCUGUCUCUCUCUCUUCCCCUAGUAAGACACCUCACACCCUUCUCUCCCCAUCCAAGUUCUCCUCUCCUCCAAGGAAGAGGCCUCGUGUUCAAACAGCUGUUUGCUCGAAUGUGGUUCCUCUUGACGCCCCUCCCUCGGUACCACGCACGUUGGCAUUCCACCACCCCUACCACCCUGAACCCUGGGCCCCUGAGUCCCCCAUCCUGCUCCUGCUCUCACGCUUCUCCCACGCCACAGACCCCAGCUCUGCUCUGGUCAACUCAGGCAUUAUCUCUGGCCUGCUAUUUUACCUCAGCCAACAUCAGGACCCCAGUGGCAGGUGCUUCCGCUUGCUGUGCAGACUGAGCUGCAACCCAAACUGCCUGCAGGCGCUGGUCAGGACUGGGUCAGUGGCUCUGAUUCGCCACUAUCUCUGCCAAAGAGGCAUGGAGAGAGAGGAAGACAAAGGAGAGAGGCAGACAGACAGAGUAAAAGCAAAGGUUAAACAGCUUGGUCUGACUCUGCUCAGUAAUAUUCGUGUCCAGUGUGAGUCUGGGUUUGGGUCUGGAGUCCUCUCCCACGUAAUGUUGUCUGGCUCCGAGUCAGACAAGUUGAACUGUGCUCUGUCUCUGCCUCUUAUAAACAGUAACAAGGUCCUAUUGAAGAAGCUAUUGCUGGACAACGGUGGUCUUAUUCUGGCUCUGGAACCCAUGGGGUGCCCAGAGGACAGUGGUGCAGAGGGGCACAGCCAAACCAACGAGUGCAAAAGAUUUCUUUUAGAUUGGCUCAAUCCACCUCAAGAGUUCUCCGCCUCCAAGCUCAACUCCCUCUACUUUUCCUUGCUGACUGGUUGUCUCUCCAGCCUUAUAAUUUGCCCCAAACCAGAUCGUCCCCAAACCACAACACACCAACAAACGACCCAGACCCCAUCAGUCUACAAAACCGUCGAAAAUUCACCCCCUCCUUUGAAAAAGCCCCGGUUAGCCAACCCGUGCCCUUAUGAAGACUACGCCUUCGACCUUCUCUUCCUGCUUGACGACGGGACCCGGGUCUCAGCCAAUCGCGAGGUGGUGUCCGGAGCCGAGGGAGCUGACGUGGGGUCCGAGUACUUCAGGGCUCUGCUGACGGGGGGCUUUGGGGAAGCAGCCAGCGGCUCCGCGGAGGCCAUUCCUAUCAAGGACGUCACCAGAGGGAUGCUGCUUCCGGUGCUUCACUACCUGCACGGCUGCCGUCUGAACGCUGCCGUGGAGAACGCAGAGGAACGGGAGGGGAAGGCCUGGAGGGGACACUGCAGAGUUUUGGGAUCGUUGGCCAGUGAGGGGAUUGAUAUGUGGAGACAGGGGUCAGAGGGGAACUCGGUGGAGGAACUGGGUUUCCAGAAGACGCCUUUGGCAGAGGUGAUGAUUGGAGCGUGCCGUUUUUUAGUGACUGAGCUGCAGAGGGAGGUGGAGGAUAUGUGUGUCGCCGUGCUGCUGUCUCCUGGGCGCACUGCACCUGAUCUCUCUGAAGAGGCUGGAAAGAAAGCGUCUUCUAAUAUGGACCAAAAUGGACCAGAGGGGGAGUCCGCUGAUAAGAGCCUGGCAGAACGCACAUCUGGGCUGGAUCUGAGUGGUUCUGAGGUCCACGCCAAGUCCCAGACCAAACCAUGGACAGUCGGGCAGGUGGAUAAGCUAUAUGUCUCAGGAUUCUGUUCUCCUCUACAGACAGAGGGUGAACUGAAACCUGCCUCUGUACGAAGACCAAAGGCCAAAGUUAUAUCAAAUAUAAUCUCAGACAUAGAGACAGUCUCCUCAAUCGUCAACCAAACCCCAAGAUCAAACCCCAGGUCUAUAAUUGGCAAAACAUCGCCCCCUACAGGAUCGAAGCUCACAUCAACGCCCUCUGAAGGACAUCUGCAACAUGACACAAAUUCAACAUUGGACUCUUCUUGUUCUAAAGCCGUCCAUAGGCGCGGUGUCCUGGGAGCCCUCCUCCCUCAGAUAUACUGUUUCUCCCAGGUCUAUAGUUACCCCAGGCUGGGCAGGGCCUGUCUGUCUGUGCUGCUGGGGUCCCAGAGCUCCAUGCAGCCUUUCCCGUUCUCCUGGGCAGGAGACUGCCUCUGCAGACUGGCCAGAGAGGCAGACUGUACUGACCUUCUGAAACGAGACCUAGUAAGCCUGGUUACAACGGCACUGAGCUGAAGGAGGAGAGGAAGGAGGCCGUAAAGUUUGUUGACGGACGCAGUGGGGAAAGGGGGGGGAAGCUUGUUUUGGAUGGAGAGGCUGAAAGAGACGGUGUGACGGGACUGAAAGAGAAACGCGUUAAAAACGUUACAUUUUCGUUACUUUUUUUUCAGUCAAGCGAUUUUGCAUUGAUAGCAUUGAUGUUUACAAAUGAAUUGGCCGUUAGAAUCCAGCAUUCACAUGUAGAUUUCAAAGGAUCUAGCUGCCAUGUAAAAUGAUAGUUGCCCAGUGAGCGCACAAUGAAAAAUUUAACAAAUGGUUAUAUAUUGCUAUAUUAUAAUUUAUUGAAAGUAUUUUCAUGUAAUAUGCUAAUGACAUUUAAUUUAGAAAAUGUUUUCCGUUAUAAUUUUUCUUUAGAAUUUGAAAUGUAAAUACAUCAUAAAGUAGUUAAGAAGACGAAUAACAAGCUUGUAUGACUGAAACAAUCAGGGAUGGACUGAGUGCCAUUUUGUGAAUGCUGUAAAUAAAGGGUUCUAAAAGCUG